AUGUUGCAGUUGAAUACUAUAGUAGCAGGUUUUGCAGCAGCAGUUAUAUUCGUUCUUUAUUAUUACCGUCAGAGACGAAGUUGUUGCAGAGACCCUUUGUUCACAGAAUGGCCUGUACUGGGUAUGCUACCACCACUUGUCUGUAAUAUGUGGCGGUACCAUGACUAUGUAAACGAGGCUCUCCGAAGACAAGCAGGUACUGGCAACUUCAUCGGACCUUCGUUUGCUAGAAUGAAUUCAAUUAUAACCUGCGACCCCAUGAAUGCACAUCAUGUUCUGAGCAAGAAUUUUGGCAACUACUGUAAGGGGCCUGUGUUUCGUAAUAUCUUCAAACUCUUUGGAGAUAGCAUUUUCACUGCAGAUUCAGACGCAUGGAAACACCAAAGAGCGGUUUACCAUUCAUUAUUUGUCAAAACUAAAUGUUUGGAGAAGCUGCUGGAGAGGAUCGUUCAAAUGAAGGUGGAGACUUGUCUGGUUCCAGUUCUUGAUCACGUAGAAAGGCAAGCUGUGGACGUGGAUCUGCAAGACGUGUUCGAUCGCUUAACCUUCGACCUCACUUGCUCCAUCCUGUCAGGAUCUGACCCUAAAAGCCUUGCCAUUGAUUUCCCAGAAGUUGAAUGCAAGAGAGCUUUUAAUAGAUUAGAGGAGUUUAUAUUCUACAGACACGUAGUGCCCGGAAGGAUUUGGAAGCUUCAAAGAUGGCUGAGAAUUGGAGUGGAUAAAAAGAUGGCCGAACCAUUUGAGGCUUUUGAUCGGUUCCUCGGUGAAACAAUAGCAACAAAGAGAGCAGAGAUGAGCCAAAAGAACGAAACAAAGAAACAAGAGAAUGACAUGCUGAGUUUGAUCAUGAAGGGAGAAGAACACGUGGAUGACAAGUUUUUGAGGGACGCUGGUUUUGGUAUUUUUCUUGCAGGCAAAGGCACCAUAACUUCAGCCCUAACGUGGUUCUUUUGGCUUGUUGCUGCAAACCCUUCAGUUGAAGCCAAGAUUAUUCAAGAGAUUAAGCAAGUCAAGGAACUGAAAAAACAAGUGUAUCUCCAUGCUGCUCUGUGCGAAGCUGUAAGAUUAUAUCCUCCUGUACCUUAUGUGCGCAGGCAAGCAGUCAUACGCGACAUGCUUCCCAGUGGACACGACAUUAGUCCUCGUACUGCGAUAAUAUUAUCUGUGUAUGCGAUGGGAAGGUGUGAAAAGAUAUGGGGAAAAGAUUGCUUGGAAUUCAAGCCUGAGAGAUGGAUCUCUGAAAGAGGAGGCAUCGUCCACAUGCCAUCGUACAAGUUCAUUAGUUUCAACGCGGGACCACGAACUUGCAUGGGUAAGGACCUGGCCUUCAUUCAAAUGAAGAUGAUAGCUACCGCUAUCUUAAAGAAUUAUCAUGUUCGAGCGGUGGAAGGUCAUCCCGUCUCUCCCAUGCUUUCGAUAGUGCUCCUGAUGAAGAAUGGUCUCAAAGUUCGACUCACAAAACGAGGUUGA